GGAAAAAAGCGACACCUGCAGGAAAGUGCCCCCGUGCCAAGGAGCACGAGGUUAGGAAGUGUGCCCCUGCUUCUGAACCCUGAGUGGUUCUCAGCUCUGUAAACUUCGCCUCCCACUGGGUGGAGUAGGGCCUUUAAGAGCAGUGGGAAUGCAGUUCCCCUGAUCAGUGUAGCCAGUUGUUGCCUGUCUGAACCUCUGCCAGUCCUGGAGAGCAGUGCUCUGAGCUCAGACCAGCGGGCCUCUCUCCGCACCCCCACUGCUGUCCUUUUUGCCAGAGAAGCACGUUCCCACCUGUCCAGCCAUGGGGGAGGACCUUGCACAAGCUGAGAAGUUUCAGCACCUGGGCUCGGCCACGUGGCAAGAGAAGCCAGCCAGCCCCAGCCUAGUGCCCUCCUCCACGCCGAGCCCCAGCCUGAACCUGGGGAGCACGGAGGAGGCCAUCCGGGACAACGCGCAGGUGAACGCCGUCACAGUGCUCACGCUCCUGGACAAGCUGGUGAACAUGCUGGACGCGGUGCAGGAGAACCAGCACCAUAUGGAGCAGCGGCAGAUCAGCCUCGAGGGCUCCGUGAAGGGCAUCCAGAACGACCUCACCAAGCUCUCCAAAUACCAGGCCUCCAUCAGCAACACGGUGAGCAAGCUGCUGGAGAAGUCCCGCAAGGUCAGCGCUCACACCAGGGCGGUCAAGGAGCGCAUGGACAGGCAGAGCGCGCAGGUGAAGCGGCUGGAGAACAACCACGCCCAGCUCCUCAGGCGCAACCGUUUCAAAGUGCUCAUCUUCCAGGAAGAAAAUGAGAUCCCUGCCAGUGUGUUUGUGAAAGAGCCGGCUUCCAGCCCAGCGGAAGAGAAGGAGGAGCUUGCUGAUGAAAACAAGUCCCUGGAGGAAACCCUGCACACGGUGGACCUCUCAUCAGAUGAUGAAUUGCCCCACGAUGAGGAGGCCCUGGAAGACAGUGCAGAGGAAAAGAUGGAAGAAAGUAGGGCAGAGAAAAUAAAAAGAUCUAGCCUCCGGAAAGUGGAUAGCCUCAAGAAAGCAUUUUCUCGCCAGAACAUCGAGAAAAAAAUGAACAAGCUGGGGACAAAGAUCGUAUCUGCAGAGAGGCGAGAGAAGAUUAAGAAAUCCCUCACUUCCAAUCACCAGAAGAUAUCCUCUGGGAAAAGCUCCCCCUUCAAGGUUUCUCCCCUCACCUUCGGUCGAAAGAAAGUCCAAGAGGGAGACAGCCCUACAGAAAAUGAGACCAAGUCAGAAGACCUGCCUAGCAGUGAGCAGAUACCGGAUGAGCCUGAAGAGAGCUCAGUCGCGGAGGGUCUCUCUGAAAUGUCCCAGCCCAGUGCUGCGGUGGAAGGGAAGAGCAAGGAGGGGGAUGCAGGGAGGGCAGCCUCCAGGGGGAGCAGCUCGGGCUUGGCUAGCAACAUCGACUUGACAAUUAAGGAAGAUGAAGAAGAGGAGUCGGUGGCCGUGGAACAGGCCCAGAAGGUUCGCUAUGAGGAGGGCUACCUGCUAACGUCUGAGGAUGCAGAGCGGUCCGAUGAGGACGCAGUGCAGCCUGCAGUGCUCCAGGUGGACCAGACCGCCUAAAUGCACAGCACGCUGGACCCAGCCUGUGCCUUUGUUUAAAUGGGUAACCAGGGUGCAGGACAGCCCCCUACACACAUCCAGCACUGCCCAGUCACUGCUACGUCCUUGUCCAAACAGCCACUAUUGACGACAUAGCAGCAGCACGCUCAUGACCAAGAUUUACUCUGAAGGCGACCUGUCAGGAACUCUACUUCUAACUUGCUCUUAGGUUCUAUUUUUGUAGAAUUUCUCCAAGACUGCACGGAAGAAGAAAUGGAACAGCUGCAAAACGCUGAUCAGUUUGGCUUUGUUAGAAAAACCAGAGGCUACUUAAGAUCUUAGUCAUGAAAUGUGAUUCAUUUUUUGUCAUUCCAUAAGCUUGCUGAAUAGUGUACCAGUACUAUAUUGAAUUUCCACAGAACUCUGUGAAGCUAAUUAUUGUAUUUCAAGUUUGUGAUAUAUAAUUUACAUAUGUAUUUAAGCUAAAGACAUAACUACUUUAUAUUUUCAGGG